CAUCUUGACAGAGUCUUGUAGAACAAUAUUAGUCUACUGUCCCUCAUGGCAGAGAUGUUCACAAGUCACUUUUUCCAAGUCCAAGUCAAGUCUCGAGUCUUUGAGGGGCAACCCUAACCCUAACCCUAACCCUAACCCUUUUUCAGAGGUCACAAAGACCCGUCUGUGUGUCGUCUGUCUGUAGCACAUUUGUAUUGGGCGCUCGUCAGCUGUUUUUAAUGAAAUAUUAACAGACCAUCUGAGGUCUGUGACUGGAAAAAUAACAAAGUGACUCAUGGAGGUCCUUGAAUUUUCUGCCGCAGGUCCUUGAACCUCUCCAUGCUCAGGUGUGUAACAUGUUAAUCCAGGUUGUACAGUGUCUGUUACUGUAUAUGCUGCCAUAGAAAUGGAACGGUGUAGAUCAGCACUCCUACUGUGGCUGGAUGACUAGACACUGUAGAGUUUUAGACUUGAAUGUUAUAUUUCACUUGUAUCUGAGUGUGUAGUGUGUGUAGUACAGUGUGGUAAUCAACGGUUGGUUCGCCUCCCUUUCACUUCCAAUAUUCAAUCUCAACCUACUUGUUGAAAGAUUUUUCUUCAGAUUUCUGGUGGACUUCUGGCAGAAGAAUUGAUUAAAAACUAAAGUUUUUUUCUUCAAAAUUAUCUUUGCACCUUCUUUGAGCUGCUGCCUCCAGGGGGCACCACAGAGGAUUAUCUGCCUCCAUCUCACCUUGUUAUCUGCCUGUCCCACUUUGACAUCAAACAUCUUCAUGUCACUACAUCCUUCCUCAGAGGUCUUCCUCAGCUCCAGUCCAAACCACCUCCACCUUCACUGUCCCUCCAUCCUGGUCGCUCCCACUGAAGAUCUCAGGAUCUUCAUCUGCUCCAGCUCAGCCUUGUGGCUGUUAGACAGGUGUGUAUGCUGUGUUCUGUGGGGUAUCAUCUGUUUUCGUGCCACCGCUCGGAGAAGACGUGCCGGCGCUGGCUGGCUCUGGACUAUGCAGGCAUCUCCGUUGGCAUCCUGGGCUGCUACGUGCCUGGAAUCUUCUACGCCUUCUACUGUAAUGCAUUUUGGCGACAGGUCUACCUCCUGACCGUCCUCUCCCUGAUCCUGGCCGUCUUCUGCGCUCAAGUCCACCCAGAUUACCUCAGCAACGACUGGAGACGCAUACGAAUGGCCAUCUUCUUCUGUGUGGCCGGCGUCAGUGUGAUCCCAGCAUGCCACUGGGUGUGGCUUAACGGUGGCUUCACCUCUGAUGUAGUACAGGUUUUCCUGCCUCGGGUGGUGGUGAUGUACCUGAUCGCUGGAUCGGCCUUCCUCUUCUACGUCACCAAAAUUCCUGAGCGCUACUUUCCUGGCCAGAUGAACUACCUGGGAGCCAGCCACCAGGUGUGGCACAUCCUGGUGGUUGUGAUGUUCUACUGGUGGCACCAGACGGCUGUGUACAUCAUGCACUUAAGACAUAGUCAGCCCUGCAGCAGCAGCAGCAGCAGCAGCAGCAGCAGCAGGAGUUAAGUACAGAACAAAUAUCCAUAGAAAAAAGAAAAGUUAAA